AGUGGCUGAGCGGCAGGCAUCGUGUCAAGACAGAUAGACACUGUGUUUCGAAGACCGGUUGGCUGCUUACGAAACUUCGGAGUGGAACUGCAGUCCAAAUCGUCCUGCUCGUGCUAAGAUAGGAAGGCCCGUCUGAAGCGGAUCAGUGGGACGUGACGUCAGGCCUGCGCCGCAGGAUGGCCCGUCUGGAGCGGAUCAGUGGGCCGCGCCAGUGCGGCGAGGGCCCCCACUGGGACGCCCCCACCCAGCGCCUCCUCAGCGUCGACAUCCCCGGACAGGACGUGUACAGAUGGGACGAGCGCCGCUGUGUGGAGGAGAAGCUGCACAUCGACUUCAAGAACGACGCCUCGAACCCCCACGCGUGCCAGACGUCUCUGGUGGUGCCGAUUGAGAGCCAGCCGGACACCUACGCUAUCAGCACGGGCCGCGCACUCUCGGUGCUCGAGUGGAGCGGCGGGAAGCACACGGUCCGCGACUUUGUCCAGGUCGAUGACCACAGGCCUACCAACAGGUUCAACGACGGAAAGUGUGAUCCCCAAGGCAAUCUGUGGGCUGGCUCGAUGGGCCUGCAGACUAGUGAGCCGGGCAGCCUGCCACCUGGCGCCGGGGCGCUGUACUACAUAUCGCCCGAGGGCGCCGCUACACGUGUGCUGGACGGCGUCACAUGCUCCAACGGGCUGGCCUGGAACUCAAGCGGCGAUCGGAUGUACUACAUCGACACCUUCUCCUACAAGGUGGACGUGUUCGACUGUGACCUGACCGGACCCAGUAUCG